AUGUACACGCUCCGGGACAAGCACCUGCCGAGGCACGGCGCGCUCCCCGAGCUCGCGCACCUCGACGACGCCGUCGACUUCGACCUGGACCUGCGCGAGACGUACCGCAUGCUCCCGCGGCGGUCCGGCACGGGCCCGGACAUGCUCCCGAACGAGCACCUGACGCUCGUCACGCGCGGCUACCCGGGCAACGUCGAGGCGACGGCGACCAUGGCGCUCGUCAACCGCUUCGAGUCCGACCGCGUGAACGUCAAGCUGCCGGCCUGGCUCUACUGGAUCGACGCCGCCGUGAGCCUCCUGGCGCUCGUCAAGAUGCUGGGAGUGGGCACCGCGGCGCCGGACGUGCGGCCCCUCGGCCUCGGCGGCACGCGGCGCCGCGCGUCCACGACCCUGGUGGUCAAGAUCGUCGCCGCGGAGAUGGCGGAGAAGCUCUACCCGGUCCAGAUCUCGGUGGGCGUCCCGAGCGGCGCCCACGCCCUGGUCUUCGGAGUGCGGGCCAUGACGGAGAAGACGCCGGACUUCGUCUACGUCAAGAUCGACAGGCGAAACGCCUACAACCAGGUGCACCGCGCGUCGAUCAUGGACGCGCUCAACAGCGACCCGGGACUGGCGGCCUACGCCCGCUUCCGGCACGCGUACUACUCGCGCGACGCGCCCAUCGUCAUCGACGGGCGCAUCGCCGUCUUCGCGUCCUGCGAGGGC